AGAGUCCGUUUAUGACCUUCUCCCAAAAGAGCUACAACUCCCAUCAACCAGUGAUUGCAAUACAACACCAAUGAGUCAGAAAAGUGGCGGAGAGGUGGGCACACCUCCUCCUGCAGCCCUAGCCACAGGAAGUUCCCUCUGAAGCAGGGAGUGUCUGCAUAAAAAAUGGUCUGCAGUUCUCUGCUUCAUAGGUCAGAAGCUUGUUUAUUUUGUUUAUGUGGCUAUGUUCAGUCCCAACUAAAUUUCUUGAACUUAAAGAAACUACAAUUGGCACGCAUCAUCUGAAUUCAUAGAUUUAACAAUAUUUGGUUGUUACAUCAUUAACGUUAAUAUCAAUUUUCUAAAAGCCCAAAACAGUUUUGCUUUAUUAACUUGCCUCAUUAUCACCUUUUGUAAUUAUAAUUCAGAGAAACCAGCAUCUUGCUGAAAAAAAUAAUCUUUUCUUUUAUUAAUCAAACAAUAUUUUUUAAAUUGAGGCAUAUUUAAUUAAAAGUAAAAAUAUUUAUAAUAAGAAAUUUUAAAUAAUCAUAAUAUAAUGCCAGGCAAACCAAAAAAUAGAAAUCCAAAAAGUGGGGGGUGGGAAAACAUGCACAAUUUUUGUUGCUUGAAUGGGACUGCUAGCCAGUGCAGGUUGAAAUGCCUUUAUUUACUGUCCAUUGUACACACUGCAGAUGCCACCUCCUCUUCUAUCACCAUGGGUGGUCCUCACAGUUCUUUUACAACAUCCUCCAGCCCCACCAUGCAUUCUUCUACCUCAGUCACUGACCAGGCCUCAAUGAGAGUAGGCAGCUGUUUCCAGAAAGAUGUGGUAAGUAGCCCAGGAGUAACUGAGGUGCUCUGUGUGGAGAAGAAGAUGUCUGCUGGUGGUGGCAGUGGCAGCAGUGAUGGAACCCAGCAACACCAGAGUACACCCUCCAAACGCCGGACUGUUCUGAACAUCUCACCUCCUCCUGAAGACCUCCUAGACGACAGUCGUAUGUCUUGCCAAGAUGAAGGAUGGCAAGACUCUGAGCAGAGCAGCAGCAUCUGGAUGGAAGACUCAGCUUCCAACUUUAGUGUAAUGAGCUCUAAUUCCUACAAUGAUAAUACUGAGGUUCCCCGCAAGUCCAGAAAACGUACACCACGUCAAAGACCAGGUCCAAAGCCAGCAUCGGUAGAUGGGACCAACAUGGAUGUGUUUGAUGCAGACAGUGCAAAAGGACCUCACUUUGUCCUGUCCCAGCUUGCUCCAGAAAACAAGACCUGCUCCAAGGGAGGCAACGUUUCUGAAGGACUACAACCUUCACCACAAAAAGGGCAAUCUCUUUGUGGUCAGUAUCCCAGUAAAAGUGAGGGCAAGGAAUUAAAGAUUGUUGUGCAGCCAGAAACGCAGCAUAGGGCCCGUUACCUAACAGAGGGCAGUCGAGGAUCUGUUAAGGACAGAACACAACAAGGCUUCCCCACAGUUAAGCUUGAAGGUGUAAAUGAACCAGUGGUUCUCCAGAUAUUUGUGGGCAAUGAUUCUGGACGUGUUAAACCCCAUGGAUUUUACCAGGCAUGUCGUGUAACUGGUCGCAAUACAACACCUUGCAAGGAAGUAGACAUUGAAGGCACAACUGUGAUUGAAGUAUCCCUAGAUCCAAGCAACAACAUGACCUUAGCGGUGGAUUGUGUGGGAAUUUUGAAACUACGGAAUGCUGAUGUAGAAGCUCGUAUAGGAGUUGCAGGUUCCAAGAAGAAGAGUACUCGUGCCAGGCUUGUUUUCAGAGUUAACAUUGGUCGGCCAGAUGGUUCAGUUUUAACACUGCAGAUACCUUCAUCUCCUAUUUUAUGCACUCAGCCUGCUGGUGUUCCAGAAAUCCUGAAGAAAAGUCUCCACAGCUGUUCAGUGAAAGGUGGUGAAGAAUUGUUCAUCAUUGGGAAGAACUUCCUUAAGGGAGCACAAGUCAUUUUUCAAGAAAAUGUAUCAGAUGAAUCUUCUUGGAAAGCAGAAGCAGAAAUUGAUAUGGAAUUGUUUCAUCAGAAUCACUUAGUGAUUAAGGUACCACCUUAUCAAAAACCAAACAUAAGCUCUCCAGUUUCUGUUGUUAUAUAUGUUGUCACAAAUGCUGGUCGAUCUCACGAAGUUCAUCCAUUUACAUACAUGCCUGAAGAAGAUAAUUCUACAGAUAUUAAUGUAAAAAAAGAAGUUCCCGCUCCAUCUCAGCCCUGCUCAUUUGAGGAAGCUAUACAAACUAGAAAAACCAAUGCAUGCACGUUGGAUGAGGCAUGCUUGUUACCAAGUUCGUUGAUAACACCUGCGAUUCCUCUGGUCAAGAAUGAAGAUGUAACACCAAUGGAUGUUUCAUCCAGCCAGUCAUCUGCUUUCAAGAGUUCUGAUGUUGUUAUAGCAUCACCCCAGCAAAGCAUGGAAUUGAAUUCUAACAUAUCAUCCAGUACCAGCCCAUUUACUAGUUCUAUGGUACACCAACAAGGAGAGUCUGAAGAGAACCAGCAGAUCCCAUCUGCAGUCUACUCUAAAUCAGAGCAUUUGAGCACUAUUAACAAGCAGGAUAUUUCACCUACCAGUUGUUUUGAGGCUUCUGGUGAUUCCCUUCUUCAGCAAGUCACCCAACAGUAUCAGCGAUCUAGUCUCUUAUUGGAAUCAAUAGACAUUCAGUCCCAUGAGAGGUCACAAAGUGGAAGUGGUGUGGUGGACAUGCAGCAAUUGACAGAGACUCAGCAACAACCGUCUCUUCAGCAGCUUUCUUCUGGCCUCUUCACUCAGGAUAAUGGUGUUGCACAACUUGAAAUUGCUGUGAGGCAGCUUCAGGCGGGAGGUUUUUCCACAUCUAGCUCUGCAAAUAACAAUGCCAGCCUGGUGGUGCAGGUUUUAGAAGCUGCAGCCCAACAACAGCAACAACAGCUGAAUUCUGUACUUUUUAGUACUAACACUGGAACUGAGAUCAUGCAGCAACAUGCACAUGAAAAUCUAAAUAAUAGCAUCUUUCAAACAGGGAAUCAGUCUUCAAUGUUCCUUACUUCUGAUUCAGCCAUGAAUAAAACUCCAGAGACUGUGCUACAGCAGGCUGAAGGAGUGUUAACUGGCCAACAACAGCAACAACAGAUUCUGGGAAAUAUUAAUCUCAAACAGCAACUGCAGUCAGAUAUUUUCUCCUCCCAAAUAGAAGGAUCGUUGGCUGCCCCAAUACCAAUGCAAUGUGCAGUGUUUUCAGCAUCAUCGGAGAAUGAAAAUACGCAGCAGGCAACACCAGAGAAUUUGUUUCAGUCAGGUAGCCAAAGUAAUGCUAUUGAAGAUAAUGGAUCACAGCCAAAGCAAAUGGAAACUAGUAUGUAUCAGGCAAUACUUCAUAGUCAAAGUCAAGGUGGUACACUUUUUCAGCAGUCUGAAAGUCUGGUUCAUAGUGGCUCACAGCAACAGACAGCUUUGUUUCAGAAAACUGGAGAUAUCCUCUCCAUACAAACAUCUUUCCUUAAGCAACCACCAUCAAAUCCAUCUCCCUCACAGCUUUGUCAUUCCCAGAAUCCUAUGGAUGAGACGCAGGAUCCACAAGCUAAUAUCUUUCACAACCAGAUGCAUUCUCCUACACAGGAACAAGUUCAAGCUGCUCUCUUCCAGGCCCCUUUAACAGUAUUGGCAGGUUCAUCACUACAAGCUGAUCAACAGCAGCAGCAGCAGUCUACCACCAGUCUGUUUUUGUCAUCAAACAGUGUGACAUCUUUACCAACUGGACAGCUUGCUCUUGAAAGCAAGCAGCAAUCUCAGUUGUCUUUUUUAUCCUCACUUCAAAACUCAGGCCCACCUGAACAGUCUUCAGGACCUGCAGACUGGAACACAAUCUCACACAUGCAACAAAAUUCAUCGUUGGAGCAGCAGCAACCGCAGCAGCCACCAGAAGAGGGCAUGUUUCAAACUAUAUCACCACCUUCAGGUAGUAGCUUAUCUCAAAGUCAGCAAGGGUCACACUUCAAGCCUCCACAUUCUCUAGUCUCUAAUCAAGAGUCAGAGUCUCAUCAACAGCAAGCUGGUGUUCUUUUCAGAAGCAACAGCUUGACAUCUCAGAAACAGAGUCAGAAUUUACUUUUCAGUGGUCAGACCCAACUUCAAUCACUUGGCAAUACUCAUUCAGUUCAAGAGACACAGAAUCAGUCCAUGUAUUUGGCUCAGGGAGGCUUGGUAACAGUCAGUCAUCAAGAGCAACCACAACCAAUGUUGUUUGAAAAUCAGAGUUCUUUGUCUGGUGGAGUGACUCAAAGUGAACAGCUUCAGCAGGGACUCUUCCAUACUUCUCAGUCAAUUCAGUUGGUUCAGGGACCUAGCAGUGCUUCAGAACAGACAGUUUCCCUCUUUAUGCAACAAGCUUCUAUGUCUAGACUUCAAGGAAGUAUAUCUCAGCCAGAUCUGCCUCAGUCAGAUAUUUUCAACACGCAAAACAGUGUUGCCAGCUUGCAGAGUAACUCAUCUUCUCCAAUUCAGCAACCAGGAACACUGUUUCAGACAGCUGCAACUGGAUCAAUCAACCAGCAUAGUUUGUCUCAGCAAACAUCUGGCCUUUUCAUCUUUGGGAUUCAGAAUGAUUCUGGACAGAUGAUUAAUACUGACGGCACCACAUUGUCAGAUCAACUAAUUGCAAUAAGUCAGUCAAGUCAAAAUCAAAAUGAAAAUGAAGCUAACAUUGAGUCAUUGCUGUCACGCAGUAUAAGUGAAAGUGGGACCAUUUCCAAUGCACUAUCUACUUCUCAAAACAUGGAGAAGAUAGAUGAUCUACUUGUAAGUCUGCAAGAUCAGAGCAACAAUAUGAGUAACUCCUUCUAAUCUUACUAAUAUCUGAGGAUUUGGGCUUGAAGUACAUUUAACAUCUGAACUCUGGCAUGAAGUGGCAAUUGGAAUGUAUUUGCAGAGAUGAUACUUUGAAGGAAUACUGUACAUUGGAGCACAUAUGUGGCGUGUUGUUUUCAAUUUUGUCUUCUAUUUCUGUUUUUGUGUUUAUUUAUGAGGUACCAAGGAGAGUGCCUAACCCAAACUGGAGAAAGUUUAGCUAAUAUGUCAUAUAGUAUAAAAAUCAGAUAUACUUUACUGUUGUUUCCAUUUCAUUUCAGUACUUAAGAGAUGUUGUUAAAUUGCUCUUUUUGUCAGUAUUGACACUUUUUUACUCAAACAUUUUCCAAGAUCUGAACAGUGUAUUUUUUGUUUGAAGAAGAUUUCACGGUAGAGCGAGACCUCUCUAGGUUCUAAACGAGUCUGGUACCUGCACUGUUCUUUGUUCAGUUUUAUGACACAUUUUGUUAGUUAAAGUGUGCGGUGAAAUGUUUGUAAAGCUUGUCUGUGUUAAUUGUAUUGUUUGUUAAAAACUAUAAUACAGGAACAUUUUUUGUAAAAUACUUUUGACAUUAUAUUGUCAGCACUUUAUAAUGCUUUUCUUUGUGACCAGUUACACAAUAUCUUCAUGUAACCCUUUCCAUAAAUAUGUUACUCAAACAGUUUUGUUUAGAUUUUUGGAUUUUUAUGUCUCUUUAAAAAUAUGUGAAUUGUAUACUGUAAAUAUUUAUAAUAUUUUCUUAAUCAUGCAUGCAUGCAUGUUUGAGCCUUGCCAGACCUUUUAUAUUCUCUGGUUUCAAACCGAACUCACCUGACAUUGAAUAUUCCAGCAUUGUAAGCUUUUUUUCCAUACAAAUGAAUGAAGGGAGCCAUUUGCAGUGAGUAAUCAAAGCAAUUAUAAUAUUAUUUUCUAAAUGUCACAUAGUGUCCCAGUAUGUUUUCUUCUAUGUAGUUAAAUAAAAACUUUUAUAUAUUCUGAGAUUUUAUUAAUUUCCUGGCGAACAUGUAAUUCAUGUCAGCAUUAUACUAAAAUAGAAUACAUUGCCUUUUUUUCCACCAACUUCCAAAUCCAUCCUGAUUUUAAAAUUUUUUUGUACUGUGUAUAGUUUUUUAAACAAAUAUAGACAACAGACACAGUGUAGUAUUUUAACCUUUCAAACCCUAAGUGCAGCCAUCAUUUUGUAUUGUUUAGAGAAAAAUUGUUGUUUUAACUGCAUCUAUAGCGUCUCUUAAUUUGUUAAUUUUUGCUGACAUUUUUGGUGUUUAUUGUCUUUUUUUUUUAAUUUACAGUGUCAUCUCAUCCAGACACAUUUCUUAGAAUAUGUAGUAGUGUUGUAACUAUAGUUCUACACACAAGUCCUUAUUAGGCAGCUACAAUAAAUGUAAAGUUGAUGAAUGUUAUUUUGAAGAGACUGGGUACAACUCUUUUUAGCGGUCUUUUUUAAAUGAUUAUAGUCUGCUUUUUAAAGGUGUUUUUUUUUUUCUUUGAUUUCAUGCAUGCAGUACUCUGCAGCACUUUUUGCCAUUCCUCAAUUCUCUCCAGGAAAGGAUUGGGCAUGUACACUAUUUAAUAAGUGUUGUUGAAUUUUUUAUGAUUAUAUAAAAUGCUUUUUAACUUUUAUAUAAGUAGUAUAUACAUUUUAAAUAAUGUAGCUGAUGUAGGCCUCAGUCUGACUUUUACCAUUGUUAAGUAUAAUUUUUGAGGUCUAUUUUCUGCUUACCUUGUUCCCUCCCAUGAUAUAUGUACAGCACUUUUGUAUUUUCUUUGAAAAGGGACCUACAUGUAUGUGAAUACGUUUAGAUACACAUUACUGACAAGCUUAGGUUUAGGUAUAUGUUACCAUUUUCUGCCUACCGCUUUUGUAUAUAAGUAAGAGAAAUACUUAUUUCAUAUUUAUAAAUAAAAUAUAAUUUUACAUUUCAAAUAUAAAAUGCUUUUUUUGUUCUUUCCUUUACAAUAUUUUUAUCCUAAUGUUUAUCAUAAAAUAUUCAUUUUCUAAUCAAACUGUUUAUUGGUAUGUAUUAUCUUUAUUUGUUUACUACGUUUUAUAGUACAUAUUAGCGUCCAUUAAUUUAGUUUAUGAUCGUGAGUCCUAUUUAAGUGUAGUCUAUCUUAAUGUCCUUUGAAUAUGAUACCUUGAAGAGGUUUAUUACAAACAUUAGCCUAAAUGUAGGAUUUUUUUUUUUGUUAGUGUAUCUCAUAAAGGUUUCUGAAUACUUCUCUAUUGCCAAAAUCUUAACUCCUGCAAAAACACAUUCAUUAAAUACAUUAUUUUUAAUGUUGGAUAUGUGUGCUGAAUAGAUCAUUCUGUUUGGGGCCAACUAAUAUGGCUAUAAAGGGGAACAAUGUUUGUAUGACCGUGUGACCUUUCAGUUUGAGGAGGGUUUUAAUAUGUUUGUAAUAUAAUGUAAGUCCAAAGAUAGACUUUUUAUUUUUAUAAGGCAAUUUUUUUGGCCAAUUCUUGUGAAUCAGUAGGAACAUUUCCUUAUUUUCACAGAACUCUUUGUAUGAUUAUUAUACCUUGUUUUACUUAGUAACAUAGUUAAAUAAUAUGCCUUGUUCCAAUAACAUUAUGAGACUUUCUAAAACACUAUAUCUGUGUAGUGCUUUUAAAAUCUGAAAAAGAAAAUAAAAACGUAAACAAGCAAGUGCUAACUUGAUUUUUUUUCCCCCCUUUGAAAGGACCAUGUUAAGCCCAGUAAUGGAAACCUCUUAAGCAGAUACUUGAAACAUGUUUUGCCUUUUUUUAAAACUUACUUUAGUUUUCGUAGUCAAAGACAACCAGUUUAUGUUAUAAAAAUUGGCUAGAAGUGAAAUUGAUGCAUAUUAAGUAAUAAAAAUUAUAUGUGACUGACUUGUGAUUUCCCAAAAUGACACUGUUGCAUUUUUACUUCUUAUGUUUGUUUCAUUUUUGUACAAGCUGUGUCUGAGUAUUUAAAAUAUGUUAUAUAAAGGGCUAUCAUUAAAACAUGGUAAUAUUUACUUAUUAAUUUUAAAGUAACAAUGUCACAUACCUUUCUACUGUAUUAUCUUUCCCUGUCAUGAAAUUUUUGAUUGUUACUUUUUGCAUUUUCUCUGUUGAUGUGAAGUAACUGGUGAACUUCAUUACCCUGUAGAAUAGUACAUGUGUCCUGGUACAGUUUAGCGUCAGUGAAUGAAUAUAUCACUCAGACAUGGGUGGCUUUGGGAAAUACGGUUUGCAUACAUGUUUUAGUGACAAUGUGAAAAACUUUUUAAAUAUCAAAUGAGAAUUGUAUUUUGCUUUUGUUUGGGCGUUUGUAUACUCAUGCAGUAUAUUUCUGUAAACUUGCUGCUAUCUAUAUCAAUAAAUUAGAUCUGAACUUUUA